UUUGGGGGAAUGGUAUGACCCAUCUGGUGGAAUAGCAGCCAGUGAGAGUGCUGUAGUAUGCAGAAGAUGCUGUCCAUAAUUGGCAACGUUUUGCGGGGAACUGCCAGCAAGAAUGGAGCCGAGGUGGUAUCGGAGGGCGCCAGGGUGGUUCUCUCCUCUCGGGGCUACGCAGAUUUCACCCAGCAGGCCACCUUCGACAUCAAGAUGUGUGACCUGCAUAAGUUCGAGGAGGGCCCCCCCCUGCAGGCGGUUCUGACCCGUGAGCAGGGGCUUCAGUACUACCGGACCAUGCAGAUGAUGAGGCGCAUGGAGCUCAAAGCAGACCAGCUCUACAAGCAGAAGAUCAUCCGGGGGUUCUGUCAUCUCUACGACGGACAGGAGGCCUGUGCGGUGGGCAUUGAAGGGGGCAUCACCCCGUCGGACCACCUCAUCACUGCCUACCGUGCCCACGGGUACACUCUGCUGCGCGGCGGCACCGUCAAAGAGAUCCUGGCCGAGCUCACCGGCCGCCGGGGAGGAAUCGCCAAAGGAAAGGGCGGCUCCAUGCACAUGUACACCAAGCACUUCUACGGGGGAAAUGGAAUUGUGGGAGCUCAGGUUCCUCUUGGUGCUGGUGUUGCCCUGGCCUGUAAAUACAUGGAGAAUAAUGAACUCUGCGUCUGUCUCUAUGGCGAUGGCGCCGCCAAUCAGGGUCAGAUCUUUGAGACCUACAACAUGGCGGCUCUGUGGAAGCUUCCGUGCAUCUUCAUCUGCGAGAACAACCGGUACGGCAUGGGAACGCCGGUGGAGCGAUCCGCCGCCAGCACCGAGUACUACAAGAGAGGGGACUACAUACCUGGCCUACGGGUGGAUGGCAUGGAUGUCCUGUGUGUGAGGGAGGCUACCAAGUUCGCUGCAGACCAUUGCCGCGCUGGAAAGGGUCCGGUCCUGAUGGAACUGCAGACAUAUCGUUACCAUGGACACAGUAUGAGUGACCCUGGAGUCAGCUACCGGACCAGAGAGGAGAUCCAGGAAGUGAGGAGUAAGAGUGACCCCAUCUCAAUGCUGAAAGAUCGCAUCCUGCAGAACAACAUGGCCAGCGUGGAGGAACUCAAGGAAAUCGAUAUAGCGGUGCGGAAGGAGAUUGAGGAUGCGGCCCAGUACGCCACCACUGAUCCCGAGCCUCCGCUGGAAGAGCUGUGCAACCACAUCUUCCACAACGAGGCGCCCCUCGACGUGCGGGGCACCAACCCCUGGACCAAGUUCAAGUCUCACAGCUAGACGAGCGCAGAGACAGACGAGGAGGAGGAGGACGAGGAGGUGGAGGAGACUUGGAUGUGGACAAGGGAGAAAACAUAAGGGGGAAGAUAACGGGAGGGAUCAAGAGUAGAGGAAGAUAAACGCUUACAUCUCAAGCUUAAACUUUUAAACUUUUAUUUUUCCUGGUACGAGUCUGAACGAACUUCAUCAGCUACGGGGAACGCUAGAGGGGAGGAGGGACGUCUGCAGGAGGGAAGAGAGGCAGCUCAUAUCCGUAAACUCACAGAGAGGGGAGGAACAUAUUGCCUUUCUUUUGAUCAUUUUAUUAUUAAACAAACAUUCAUUCUUUAAAAGGGAACCUUCAGGAUAGAGGAUUGGGAGAGGUAGGCAGGAGGUGGGAGGAGACAGAUCAGAUCUUUGCCUUUUUUUCUUGAUAUUAUUGCUUUGGUCAGUUGCCAUUACUGUACGAUUCAAAAAUUAAACCUUAACAUGAUUCAGACGCCGAGCCCUAACCCAUUACCAUUCAGAGGCAGGGAGGGCCCUGUGAAGGCCUUCAGUAAGACCCUGUGAAGGCCUUCAGUCAGACCCUGUGAAGGUCUUCAGUCAGACCCUGUGAAGGUCUUCAGUCAGACCCUGUGAAGGUCUUCAGUCAGACCCUGUGAAGGCCUUCAGUCAGACCCUGUGAAGGCCUUCAGUACGACCCUGUGGUGAAGGCCUUCAGUAAGAGUCUGUAAAGGCCUUCAGUAAGACCCUGUGAAGACCUUCAGUAAGACGUGGAGGCCGUGAACAUCAGUCUUCACACUGAUGCCUUUGAUACCAUACUGGACAUUUUUGAAAGACCAAAAUAAUGUUAUAUAAAACCUUCUGAAACUUUCACAAGAUGUGGAACCCUACACUAUGGUUCCUAGAAUUGGUCUCUGCCCUAUCUUGCACUCCUUAUAUGGCAACUGUCACACAGACACAGAGACACACACACACAUACACACACACACACACACACACACACACACACACACACACAGACACGCAGCCUUCUCUCGCUCUUGAGUUGUAACACUCCAUUGAGUAUUCUCAUGUGUUGCUAUAGUCUUCAGAUUGGGCACAUUCUUACUUUCUGUAGUUCAUUCAUAAGUAACCAUAGUUACUUAUAGUAACCAUAGUAACUUAUAACAUAGUAACCAUAGCAACCGUAGUCCUUCGGCCUUGUUAUAUGCUUAAGAAGUCAGCAUCUUUGCCUCAAAACUGCCACCUUUUCAAUCUGUGACCAAAGGGAUAUCUAUCUAUCUGUCUCUUCAGAGUUCAGGUAGAAUGGUGGAAGAGAUUAUUCAUCUUGCCAACUUUCAUUUCACACAAUUGCCUGUUUUGAUCUUGGUAGCAUGCAGCUACUGAAAACCAAGGCCAUUAUUUUACCACACCCAGGUGCCACUACGGUGAAACCAAGGCCAUUAUAUCACCACACUAGGUGCCACUACGGUUAGCAUUUAGCUACUGAAACCGAGGCCAUUAUUUCACCACACCAGGUUGCCACUCUGGUUAGUCGGUUCGGGGUCCAGUGCUGGGCCUCUACCGGCGCCUCAGCCAGUGUCCUAAUCUGAAACACACCGCCAUCAAUCAUGAGAACCGAAUAGAGGAUACGGAAGGAGAUUUGAUUCAGUCUCACUCUGAUAGGCUGUUGUUAGAGACCAAAUGCUUUUUUGUACCGUAGGGUAACGUUCUCACAUGGCAGCAAAAGCGCUGGUUCUAACAGCAGGGUCAAUAGGUGACCAAAUUAACAGUCGAUACAAAAUUAAAUCGGACAUGUAGUGUCAUUCAGGUGCGCUACUCCCAUGUUCUGCCAGGUCGUGUCAAAAGCUUUGUUUUGUGGUACAACCAUAUGCUACUUUUAAUGUUACACAAAGCUGUUGGGAUUUUCUAUGACCUUACUGUUCCAUUUUUAGCCGCAGACACAGAUUAGUU